AUGGUGAAACUAGCGGAAUACCCAAGAACCGCGACGUUUGCGUGGUCGCACGAUCGGUCGCCUUUGCUGGCAACCGGGACGGCUUCUGGCACAAUUGAUGCGGACUUCUCGAGCGAUUCGAAACUGGAGAUCUGGUCGCUGUUGUCGGCAGAUGCGAGCGCUCCACAGGCGUCUGUCGUGGCCGAAGCCAAGUUCAACGACCUGGACUGGUCGCACGACAACCAGGUGGUGGCAGGGGCGCUGGAAAACGGAACAGUGGAGUUUUUCUCGCCCCAGCAUCUCAAGUCCAUUGCAAAGGUCGCAUCGCACACCACGCCCGUGAAAACGGUCCGUUUCAACGCCAAACAGCACAAUGUGAUGUGCUCCGGCGGUGGCAACCGCGAGAUCUUUAUCUGGGACGUCUCCAAGGUCGGACAGGCCGGGUACGCGCCCGUCACACCGGGCACGGCCAUGACGCCAAUGGACGAGAUCCACUCGCUGGCCUGGAACCAGAGCCAGUCGCAUGUGUUUGCGUCGGCCGGGUCGUCAGGGUUCGCGUCGAUCUGGGAUCUCAAAGCCAAAAAAGAAGUCUUGCAUCUCAGCCACGCGUCCCAGGUCACAGGCCAAAAAACCCAGCUCUCCAUCGUCGAGUGGCACCCCAGCAACUCCACCCGGAUCGCCACAGCCAGCGGAAGUGACUCUGAUUCCUCGAUCUUGGUCUGGGAUCUCAGAAACGCCAAUGUGCCCCUCAGCAUACUUUCAGGAUCCCAUAGCGCCGGAAUACUGUCGCUCGACUGGUGCAAACAAGAUGAAAAAUUGAUGCUUUCAAGCGGUCGCGAUAACACCUGCGUGCUGUGGAACCCCGAGGAAGCUCAAAAAUUGACUCAAUUCCCCACUCGCGGCAAUUGGUGUUUCAAAACCAAGUUUGCUCCACAAGCACCAGACCUAUUUGCGUCUGCAUCUUUCGACAACAAGAUCGAAGUCCAAACACUACAAAACUUGACCUGCGACUUAGACGAGAAUGUCUCUGCCAACAAACAGCAAGAGUCCGAGGCCGAAUUCUGGAAUAACGUUUCAGAGCAAGACAGUAACGAAAAACCGGUUGUCAGCAAAUUACAGGCUCCAGCAUGGUACGGAAACAAGUCGCCAGCGGCUCAGUGGGCCUUUGGCGGUAAACUUGUCUUCAUCACCAAUGAUAAAAAGGGCGUCAGAAUCGUCAAACCCACCAUUCCCGGUGUCGAGAAGAAUGUUAUGCUGGACGAGGCACUUCAAUCCAAGAACUUCAAGCCAAUUAUCAACAAAAGAUUGGUUCAAAGCAUCGACGAGACCAAUGAGGAAGAUUGGAAUAUGUUGGAAAGGCUGUCUUUGGAUGGCAAAGAAGCCUUCCUCAAAGAGGCUCUUGCCUUUGACGACGAAGACACCGAUGCCUCCAGCGAGAAACCCGCUUCCGCUGACGAUAACGACGACUUCUUCACCAACUUGAACCAGAGCUAUACUCCCGAGGGCUCGUUCAAGCUUGAAACGACUGGUGAUUCAGACGAGCUGAUCAAAAGUCUCAUCCAGGGCGACAAGAAGAAAGCUAUAACGCAAGCUUUAGACCAAGAGCUCUUGUUAGAGUCACUCAUUAUCGCACUGGAAUGUGACGAUCAAAACUUGAAGCAAAAAGUGAAAAACGCUUACUUCUCAAAGCAUGGAGGCAAGUCUUCACUUGCGAGGGUUUUACACAGUGUGUCCGAAAGUAAUGUUGACGAUUUGGUCGAUAAUUUGGAUGUGACGCAGUGGAAAUACGCCCUCAAGGCUAUCAAUGCUUACACUCCAGAUCUUGCCAUGAGAAAUGAGCUUUUGAUAAAGCUCGGUGACAGGGUUUCUGAAUCGAAGAACAGACAAGACGCACUAUUGUUAUACUUGAGCGCCCAAUCACUCGACAAGGUUGCCGAAAUCUGGCUCAAAGAAUUCAUGGUCUUGGAGAGCAAGCUAAAGUCUAAGAAAGAAACAAUUUACGAAGCUCAUUUAGAGUGUCUCACCGAGUUCGUGGAAAGGUUCACCGUUUUUAUCAGUCUAAUAAGUGAUGAGCAGCAUCAGAAAAUAGCCAAUGAGGGCUUGAUUUCUAAAUUUUUGGAAUUCGUCAACUUGACGUCUGCGAACGGAGAUUUCGAUCUGGCUCUCAAGUUCUUGGACAUUUUACCUGGUGACAAUGAGGAAGUUAUUACAGAGAAGCAAAGAGUUAUGAUCGCGUCAGGCAAGGUUCCUUCUGCGACCAAAAACGUUUCCACUGCUGCACCAAAAAUCCCUAAAUCCAGGUACGCUGCGAGCAGCACUAUUCCAGCUGGAAAUGCUGUCGGUCUAGGCGUGUCUCAGACCCAGCCUCCUGCCGGUGGCCCACAGCAAAUUGGCAACAACUUUGCGCCUGGCCCCUCAUAUUCCCAGGCCGCUCCUCUGACCCCACGCGCCGCGUCUAUGACCGCUCCAAUUACGACUGCUCUUAAAUCAAGCAGCUAUAUGCCUGCGAUGAAUGCACAAGUGCCAGCUGCGAGCAAGUACGGUCUUCCCACAGCGGCUUCUCCAAGUGGAAUUACGCGCGUUCCUACAGCUGUCGUGCCACCUCAACCACUGAACAAUGUGGCUGCUGUUAAUCCUUACACGCCCGCCGGAAUGCAAGCACCUGUAGCAAAUGCUCCUGUGAAUCCAUACGCCAAUCGCUACGGUAGUGUCGGUACUCAACCGACUUAUACACAGCCUCUCAAGCCUGUAGCAAAUGUCAUUGGCGCAGGAUCACCGGGCUUCAACAAUGGGAUGCAAAAUAUACCUCCACCACCCAUAACAGGCGUAAGUUCGGGUCAGACUCCACAUCUUAACAGGAAAGCCAAUGACGGCUGGAACGACUUGCCAUUGAAGAACGUUCAAGACAAGCCUACUCGCGCAAAAGCUGUUUCAGUAGCCCCAGCCAGUGUGGUCACUUCCCCAGGUCCAACUGGCCCGCAGUCCAAUUUUGGAUCCAUUCCCCCACCUCCACUAUCGAGAGUAACAUCUUCGGCGACAAUUCAGACUCCUGUUCCUCAUAGAAUACCUUCCAAGACAUACGCUCCUUCUAACAGCAGCGCUUCCCCUACCGCGGCUGCUGUUUCAUCGCCAGCGCCAUCGCUUGUGCCUGGGUUUGCACCUCCAAGCAACCCAUAUGCUCCUCCUCCGGCUACCAACUUCCCUCUAACCCCAUAUGCUUCGUCGCCUAAGAUGGGUCCAGCAUCGACACACGCUGCGUACGCUCCCUCAAACAGCAUGCCGCUAGGCGGAGGGCCUGUACUCAACGGGCAAAAUAGCCAACCUCCUGCUUCCCAAAAAACGCCAGUCGCGCCUCCUCCAAAGAACAUGAGGAGGAAGACACAUGCGACCCAAGAUGUAAACUCAGCUAACGCUUUACUACAGUCGGUACAGGGUAAACCAGAAACAUCAGUUCCUCAAGCCACCAGUCUUCAGACUGACGGAUCUGCACUCGGCUCUGCUGUCGCCAACGGUACACAAACACCAGAUCAUGCACAGACUGGUGCUGCAGCUGUCGCGGUUCCUGCCGAGUCCCAGGAAAUUCCUUUGGAACAACAACCAAUUGUUGAUUUCCUGACAAGUGAGCUGGCGCGCGUUACGCCCUUGAUUCCACAGGAGUACACUAAACAGCUGAAAGACUGCAACAAAAGACUACACAUUCUUUUCGGACAUUUGAAGAGACAAGACCUACUCACACAGCCUACCAUCGACAGACUACACCAGAUAGUAGCCCUGAUGCAGGAGCACCGCUACGCUGAGGCAAUGCAAGUUCAUGUGGAUAUUGCAACGAACUACGCUCAGGAUGCUGGGAACUGGCUCACAGGUAUGAAGAGACUAAUAGGGAUUGCUGAAGUCACCUCCUCGUGA